AUGCAAGGGGAGCUCCUGAGCCCCUGCCGCUGCGACGGCUCCGUGCGCUGCACGCACCAGCCCUGCCUCAUCCGCUGGAUCAGCGAGAGGGGCUCCUGGAGCUGUGAGCUCUGCUACUUCAAGUAUCAGGUCCUGGCGAUCAGCACCAAGAACCCACUGCAGUGGCAGGCCAUCUCCCUGACGGUCAUUGAGAAGGUCCAGAUUGCGGCCAUAGUUCUGGGCUCUCUCUUCCUUGUCGCCAGCAUCUCCUGGCUCAUCUGGUCCUCACUCAGCCCUUCAGCCAAGUGGCAACGACAGGAUCUGCUGUUUCAGAUCUGCUACGGCAUGUAUGGCUUCAUGGAUGUCGUCUGCAUAGGACUCAUUGUCCACGAAGGCUCCUCUGUCUACCGCAUCUUCAAGCGCUGGCAGGCAGUGAACCAGCAGUGGAAGGUCCUGAAUUAUGACAAGACGAAGGACAUAGGAGGAGAUGCAGGGGGAGGGACGGCAGGGAAGCCAGGCCCCAGGACCUCACGGACGGGCCCCCCCUCUGGGGCCACCAGCCGCCCCCCUGCUGCCCAGCGCAUGCGGACGCUCUUGCCUCAGCGCUGUGGUUACACAAUCCUGCACCUCCUUGGACAGCUGCGGCCACCAGAUGCGCGUUCCAGUUCCCAUUCUGGCCGAGAGGUUGUCAUGAGAGUCACCACAGUCUGAACCGAACUCCAGGAGUGGGGAUCUUGAGUCGAUACAUCAGCCAGAGAUGAGCUGUCAUGGCUGCUGGAGUUACCACCUGGACCAGAUGUUUGGGGCACACUGCCCCCACCACUGAGGAUCUCUGUGGACAGCCUCAAGCUGGAGACAUUGUCUGGCUUCUACUGUCCACUGGGUAGAGACACUUGGAUGACAUUCCAGCCCUCACUGACGGCUCCCCACACUCAUCCUGGGGCAGCCAGUGGGCAAGUGGGGAAAGCAGCUUUUCUUCCCCAGAGAACCGUCUUUACCUCAGCUCCUAGGGCCUCCAGCCCCUCAGCUCUACCACAGUGACUUGAUGAUGGGGGAACCAAUGCCAGAAGAAAGGGGCUGUAGACCCCCCCCAUUCCCCACCCCAUGGCCACAGGGCAGCUGGCAAUAAGACUAGUAUACAUUGACCUCCCGUUCCCUGCAUGAGGGCGGGGGGUACUUCCCCUGCCCUGCCCCCCAUUGCAUGGGGGGAGGGCAUAAAGAAUCAUUUAUAUGCACGUGGA